GAGCCAAGGAGGGGAAGAAAGGAGUUGGGGCAAAGCAGGAGGCGUUUCCUCACCCGCACACACCCCCGUCCCCCAGACACCCAACCCCCCACCCCGCCCCCCAGCCUGCCGCGCCUCCCGCCCCCGGCUCCCCGCCCUAGGGACAGCUGGCAGCCCCGCGCGGACCAGACACAAAGCCGAUCAAUCCCGGAGGCGUGGGGGCGGAGGGACGACCCGCCGCCGCUUUCCCGGGCGCUGCUCUCCUCCCGCUGCCCCCUCGCUAGGACCCGGCGGACGCCUCGCCUGGUUUUCACGCCCGCAACCCCCCACUCCCACACCCCCAAAAAAGGACAGACCCCAUCCCUGGGCUGGAGGACCCGCCUCUUGGCAGCCAGCUGAGAAGGCGCCCGUGGGGGCGGGAAACUAACAUCCCAUCUAGAGCCGUCCCUCCCCUUCCUCCCCUCCCCUACUCUCUGCUCCUCUCCCGCCCCAGAAGUUCGAGGGCCCCCGGCCCCCUGCGCGCCUGCCGCCGGGACCCUCGACGUUGCCUGAGCAGCCGGCUCCGGCCCCGCGAAGAUGGCGAGGAGCCGCCGCCGCCUCCUGCUGCUGCUGCUGCGCUACCUGGUGGUCGCCCUGGGCUAUCACAAGGCUUAUGGGCUUUCUGCCCCAAAAAAUCAACAAGUAGUCACAGCAAUAGAGUACCAAGAGGCUAUUUUAGCCUGUAAAACCCCAAAGAAGACUGUUUCCUCCAGAUUAGAGUGGAAGAAACUGGGUGAGAGUGUCUCCUUUGUCUACUAUCAACAGACUCUUCAAGGUAAUUUUAAAAAUCGAGCUGAGAUGAUAGAUUUCAGUAUCCGGAUCAAAAAUGUAACCAGAAGUGAUGCGGGGAAAUAUCGUUGUGAAGUUAGUGCCCCAUCUGAGAAAGGCCAAAACCUGGAAGAAGAUACGGUCACUCUGGAAGUAUUAGUGGCUCCAGCAGUUCCAUCGUGUGAAGUACCCUCUUCUGCUCUGACUGGAACUGUGGUAGAGCUACGAUGUCAAGACAAAGAAGGGAAUCCAGCAGCUGAAUACACGUGGUUUAAGGAUGGCAUCCGUUUGCUAGAGAAUCCCAGACUUGGCUCCCAAAGCACCAACAGCUCAUAUACAAUGAAUACAAAAACUGGAACUCUGCAAUUUAAUACUGUUUCCAAACUGGACACUGGAGAAUAUUCCUGCGAAGCCCGCAAUUCUGUUGGAUAUCGCAGGUGUCCUGGUAAACGAAUGCAAGUAGAUGAUCUCAACAUAAGUGGGAUCAUAGCAGCUGUAGUAGUUGUGGCCUUAGUGAUUUCCGUUUGUGGCCUUGGUGUGUGCUAUGCUCAGAGGAAAGGCUACUUUUCAAAAGAAGCCUCCUUCCAGAAGAGUAAUUCUUCAUCGAAAGCCAUGACAAUGAGUGAAAAUGAUUUCAAGCACACAAAAUCCUUUAUAAUUUAGACUCCACUUUUGAGAUACACCAAAACCACGAUUGUUACACAAGUUAUUAAACUAUUAUAAAACUCUG